CAACAAAAAUGGCGGCUCUCUCGGUCUUCCUGACCGUGACGUGAAUCGCUCCGGCGCUCCGCAGAUGAUCUGAAUCGGCUACACCACUGCGGAAACACCUCCACUGCGGUGCGCCGUCACUUCAGCGACCCCGCUUCGUUUCUCACCGGAAGGAUGCCGUCUCCCAAAGCCAAGAAUCCCAACCGCGGCGGCGGAAGCCCGGUGCUCGGAGGCGCUAACGGCCGCUAUGAGUUCAUGUCGCUGACGAAGCGGAUGUCUUCUCCUCCGCCGCCGCCGCAUCUUCUACAGCGGCAGGGCUCCGACCCCGCCGCCUCUCGGCUCCGAGCCUCGGAGAGCCCCACUCGUCGGCGUGGCUCCAGCUCCUCCACCGGCUCCGGCCAGGGGAUUCCCGAUGAAGAUGGGAUCCGGCUGAACCCGACCUUCUUCCGCGUCGCGCUCAGUUCCCUGCUCGCCAUAGACCUGUGGCUGUCCAAGCGGCUCGGGGUCUGCGCCUGCGAGGACUCGUCUUGGGGCAGCAUGCGACCCCUGAUGAAGCUGAUUGAGGUCUCGGGACACGGCAUCCCCUGGCUGGCUGGGACCGUCUACUGCUUCUACAAGAGUGACAGCGCCGCAGGACAGGAAGUGAUGCUCAACCUGUUCAUUGGUCUUCUGUUGGACCUGGUCCUGGUCGGUGUUGUAAAGGCAAUAGUGCGUCGUCGCAGACCAUCUCAUAAUCGUAUGGACAUGUUCGCCACCUUCUCCGUCGACCGCUACUCGUUCCCCUCUGGCCACGCCACCCGUGCCGCUAUGUGUGGACGAUUUCUCUUGGCACACUUGGUGCUGGCUGCCCCGCUGAGGGUGCUGGUCCAUCUGUGGGUGGGUCUGGUGGGGCUGAGCAGAGUGAUGCUGGGUCGGCAUCAUGUGACUGAUGUUCUCUUUGGGUUCUGCAUGGGCUACCUUCAGUACAAUCUGGUGGAGAUGAUGUGGCUGUCCCCUCAAACCCUGCAACGGCUGCUGGGUCAGCUGGUUUAACUUUGGGACCAAAGGAGCUUUGGAGUUAGACGUGAUGUAACUGAGAGAGCACUUUGGACAUUCACGGAGCUCAAUCACUUCAAUAAUUUUGCAGUUUGGCAUCACAGCAAAAUCCUGAACCAUAUUAGCUUGGCAUCAUUCCAAAUUAUUGGCGAAAUAAGAUGAAGGAGAUAAAGUGACGUGUGAAAAAAAAAAUUUCCAUUUCCAGAUGUAGAUCUUAAACUAUUCUUAGCAUAGAUGAACCUGAACAGUCAGUAACAUCCUCACUUUGCUAAGCAAGUUUUUUUCAAUAGUCAAAUAUAGUAUUUGCUUUAAUUUGAAAUGUAUUUUUGAAAUGACCAGAAAUGUUGUAAUUAAUAUUUUUGCGAUAAAAGCAUCUAAAACACAGUAUCUCCGUGGACACACUUUUAUUGCAUCAGCAGCUAUUAUCCCCUUUAUAUUAAAUUCACCAAUUUUUCCUUCCUCAUGACAAAUCCAUAAAACAACCUCCAAACAUUUGAAUGUUGAUAAUGUAAACAUCUUGUUAAUUCUGCUAAGACAACAAUCUCUUCAGGAAUGAACCUGUCAAAUCUUUCCCGACACGGCUUCAGCAAAUAGUCAGCUGUGUUACGUAACCAUGAAUUUCUCUCUCUCUGUUUACAUUCUGAUCACGACCCGACUAGAGCACGACUUAACACACCGCCCAUCUAUCAGGGCUCGAAAUGAACUUUUUAUACUCCGUAUCCCAUACCUCAUUGGUAUUGUUCGGCCCUAAUAACGUCUAUUUCAAAGUUUUUUACACUGUCCUAAGACCAUAUAUUUUUGUGGCCCAUGCUUUUCUUAGUCUCUGGCACAUUGGUAAUUUUGAGCCUGACUAAGUUUAACUUAAUACAUUUUUAAAAUACCCUUGUAUGUUUAAUGAAAAUCUAGUCUGGAAAUAAAUAUGUUAUUAAAUAUAUUCUGUGUAAACUGUAGUAAAAUUCCAUCGAAUUUAGCAUCAGCACAAAUCUUAUCGUAUCAUUCUACAUUCAUUGUGCAAUACAUUGUUUCACGUCCUCCACUGCUGGGCCCCAGCACUCCUGGGUAAUCAUAUGCAAAACACAUAAUCAUUCACAUCACCAGCAACAUUGUCCUCAAGCAACCUUGCUUUACACAUGAGGGGAUGACAAGUCCCUGAAGUGACCUUCUAGUGCUCUGACUACAGCCUUUAAAACACAAAAGCCUGCUGCCAAAUGUGAUGUUUUUCAUGCACUGACAGAACAGAGCACCCAAGCUAACAAGCCAGCUCAGACUCGACUCUCACAAGUCACUAUAAAAGUGACUUGAGAUUGUGUCCAAGGUUAUGCCAGUAAGAAAAAAAAUCAUGAGGAAACAGAGCCGAUUCUUUGACCCAGAACCUACAAUUAGACCACAUGACCAAACACACUGUUGUGUCACACUAUUUUGAAAAUAGAACCUGCAAGAAUAAAUGGAUUAAAAAUCACGCCAUAUUGAUCAGUGGCAAAGUGAAAUGAAAUCCAUUACCAUGUGAAAUCUAUUUCAAUCGACAGCUGUCUUUAUUAAGUUGUUUUGGUAUACUGCACAUGAUCAUUCUAUAUUUGGUAAUAAAGUACUGUUACUACACUGACACUGCUGUCAAGCCAAGUAUCUGACAAGACUGUUAAAUGCUGCUUAUGUGGUGAGAAUGGUAAACACAGCAGUGUUGAAUAGGACCAUUUUAUUUCUUUACAUAAGCUUGUGAAGAGAAAACAUAUUUGUUUUAAUUUAAAAGGUCUGAUGUAUAAAUCUCUUCAGCGCCAUAGUAAGUGAACUCAUUGGAUCCUAGUUUUAUCCAUUCAAAUAUGACCCAUGUUAAAAUGAAUGGCAAAUGAAUAGAAAAGGUGAGCGCUGAACCAAUAUUCUACAGGACUGAUUUAGUAUUUUGUGAACCAAUGGGUAAUCGCAGGGUUGGUUAGGACGUUUUGUCCUCACCAAGCCGUCACAGUUGCUGCCAUGAUUUUCAGGGUGCCUGUGUUUACAGUACCUAUCGUUCAUCGUCCCAAUCUGGAAAAGCAAUAGACAAAAAGGGUCGACUAUACGUUGGCGAGAAGGAGUUUAAUGUCAUGGCAACAUUCCAUCCCAAGGUGUUUCUGAGGUUGCACAUACAGAGAGGUUGUAUUUGUGAGCAUGUUUGUCAGAGUGACUUAACAAUAUUUGCACUUUGUAUUUUGGAUCUACAUUUCUUUAUUGCAGCACUGCCACCGCCACGCAAGUAAGGCUGCUGUGCAAAUUAUGUAUAUGAAUGUAUCAUUUCUGUGGAGAGUUUUAUGCAGUUCUACCUAGUGGAUUUACUUAAUGACAAAUUCUGUUGAGCCGAUGUGCAGUCAGUGACGCACACUGCUGCUGUAUUCUGAGACGUCUCGUUCGCUGUUCAGUUUGGCAAUAAUCCAACAAAAACAUUUCCAGAAGAUGUUUCUGUCUCGACCUAUCUAAUAUUUGAUGUCUCUGUUUGUCAUUCUACAAAUGCUGCAUACAGACUUUGCCAUUUUCUUACAUUUAAUUUCAUAUUGACGAAACUGAAACUGAACUUCAUAUUGAAAAUGAAACGGAAGUAAAAGUUCACUUGUCAAAUGAGUUUACUGUUGUCAUACUUGCCUGCCUUGUACUAUUAAUAUCUCAAUGAAUGUAAAUCAAUUGUGAUUACACUGUGAUGUUUAGUGGGUUAUCUUUUUAAAUGCUGUGAUUGUAGUCGAUUAUUAUUUAUAAAUAAAGUGUGUGA